AUGCCUUGUUUGAGUCGACUGGUAAAAUGUAAUAAGUGUAUACCUAAUUAUGGACAACAACUGCGUUUCUUAAGUGCCCAAGCCUCGCCGAGUGCAAACGAUGCCGGGGUGGAAGAUGAUGGUAUGGUAUUUUAUAUAGAAUUCCGGGUGCUGAACUUGCGUGCUACACAACAGAAGCAGGUGGCGCGAAGAGAAUUCAAGAAACCAGAAGUUAUGCCACCACGUAGUCUAAAAAUGGCAACAGACCAAGAUUGGACUGCAGUAUGGCCCGGCCCACGCUCGUUCCAUCCUGCUGCCGUACCUCUACCAAUUCGUCAAGGGUUUACCGUCAAGGGAGCAGCACCGCCUUCAAAAUACGCUAAUGCCGAGUUAAUGAAAAUUCCUAAUUUCCUACAUUUAACUCCGCCGGCAAUUAAGCAACAAUGUGAAGCUAUAAAGAAGUUUUGUACACCAUGGCCCAAGGGAUUGGAGACGGAAGAGAAAUGGAAACGUCAUUUCCCGGUAGACGUUGUCAGUACAGACUAUUGUCAAGCUUUGCCUACAAUUCGCAAUCCAGAAUCACGUCGGGUUACAAUAACGUUGAAAUUAUCGGAUCUGAAAUUCGACGAUCAUGCUAAAGACAAGUUUUUGCGCUUAGUCGGAGAUCGGUAUGACAGUGAAACCGAUGUACUAACGAUUGUAGCCGAUAGAUGCCCUUUACGGAAACAAAAUUACGAUUAUGCUAUGUAUUUACUAACUGCUUGCUAUCAUGAAUCGUUUAUUACGGAGCCUUGGGAAGAGAGCAAGACCGAAGCCGACAUGGAGUAUUAUAAAUACGAACGAAAUAAAUCGAAAAAUUCAGUGGAAACCAUUUUAAAUUGGGGAAAAGCUGAUGGUGGCGAAAAGCGUGAAGCAAGUACGGGAUAUAUUGAAAGUCUUGAAAAUCUUGUGAAUGUCGGAGAGAACGAAUACAGUUUGAACAAAUAUAAGGAAGAAGUAAUAAAAAUGAUUGGCCUUAGGCAGUAAAA